CCCAUUUUUGGCUCCAAGAUUUACCCUCCAAUUGAACAACCGCCUCUUCCUUUUAUUUUCCCGCUGCUUGUCUCUGAAAGAUGCGGUCACCAGACAAGGGGUGCGAAUUGCUGGCAUUGUGCCAGGAUAAUAAAAAAACUCAGCAGUUCCAUUACUAUCGUCUAUUUUAGAAUUCGGUACGAUUCUUUACGUGGAGGAUUUCAGAACUUUAAAAAUAUUUGUGGAGUUGACAUGCUCAAGAUUACAAAUCUAUUGAUCGUUAAAAGCAUUUUAAAUGGUUUUAAGAUUCGGUUAUCUGUAAGGAACGAUCAUCAUUAAUGAUUUAAAGGGAGUCAGAAUGCUAAAUUUUCACCUGUAUCCGCUUAUUCAAUUCUGAUUCUAAUUGAGUCGUUAAUUUAGUGUAUAUAGUCCAUCGGUGUGCUGGUUCGGAAUCAAGUUGAGCAAUGGAGCGGAAGCCGCAAUUUGUUCGUGAACUGUAACUUUACAACAUGAGCUAAGUAUGUAGACAUGGACACAAAAGAAGAUGGUAAAUCUAUUGAUGAUCAGGGCUCGUCGCCUAUCAUGGCCCUACAGCAGUUGUCUGAGGUGGCUAUCGGAGUUGGUGGAGAAGCAUUUCAUCGUGAGAAGACUGCCGUUUCACCCAAGGUGCCUCCUGGACAUAGACGCUGUCAAAGUGAAGUUGUAACUGCAGGACUUCAAAGGAGUGACAGCUACGAAAAGUUGAAGAAUCAUGUGCAGAGGGCUUGGCGGGGAGGAGGCAAAUCCCCCGAAGAAGGUUCUCCUUUGACUUUUAACCCUGAGGUCUUAGCGAACCAAAAGCGUCAGUGGUAUCAGCUUAAUUCCAAAACCCUGGAUUGUGCAAAUCAUAAGGAGCCAACCUCAUUGUUCGAACAUUUUGUGAUUGUGGGGCUGCAUCCAGAUGCAAAUCUGGAAGCUGUGGAGGUUGAAUUUGCAAAUAGGAAAAAGUGGGAAAAAGAGGGAAAAUAUGCGCCUGUAGAGUUCCAAAUGAUGCAGCAACAGGAGUCUCCAGUACCAGUGUUGGAACCUCAGAUUCUUUUCAAAUAUCCUCCUGGGAAGAAGCUGAGCAUGCGCAUGAAAGAUUUAGCCUCUUUUUGCUUUCCUGGAGGUGUCAAGGCAUCAUUGGUGGAGAGGACUCCAUCUCUAAGUGAACUGAAUGAACUUGUGUAUGGGCAGAUUCAUUUAGGCAGAGAUGAUUUAUCAUUUAUCUUUUCACUCAAGGCAGCACAAAAUGCAACUCUCUACGGGGUCUGUUUACAUGUGCCUGAAAUCUUACAACGGCCACCUAGUAUCUUAGGCAUAUCGUCUCCUCUUACUCUUCCCUCUGGGGCAUGCAGCCGUUUUAUGGUUUCUGCUCCUCGUUGUUUCUGUCUGCUGACUAGAGUUCCUUUCUUUGAGUUGCAUUAUGAAAUGUUAAACAGUCUUGCUGCACAGGAACGUCUGAAUCGGAUUACUCAGUUUGUAAAUGAAAUGACUCUUACUGGUUCUUUUCUCCCGCCUAAACUAGAUGAUCAAACAAAUGAAAAUGAUGACACCCUAGAGAGGGGGUCUUUUAAUGAUUGGAUGGCGUGUGCAAUACCUGUUGAAGAUGCAGCAGCCCUUGCUGCUGCCGCUGCAGGAAUUAUA